AUGUUCGGACCAUUUUGCACGGGAAUUUUCCUGUUUUUGGCCAUUUGGGGAGCCAUUUUCAUGGGUGUUUUGGGAGGUUUAUACUAUAAUAAUUCGGUUGGAUUAUUCGAAGAUUUACCAGCGGAGGAUUCGAAAUUAGAAACAAAGGAUUGGGCGACUGUUAGAGUUCCGGCGAUUGAAAAGUGAGUUUGGGGGAUUUUUUGAGGGAGAAUGAAAAAAAAUCACUAAAGUUCAAAAUUUGAGUCAGAGAUUCAAAGAAGAGCUUCCCCAGUACUGUUGAAAAGUUUCGAAGUUUUUAAAAAUCUAAAUUUCGUUUAAAAACUGAUUUCAAGGCUGGAUGAAGCUUUUUUACCUAGGAAAUUUGAAAAGAAGUUUUCUGGGGGUUUGACAAUUCAGGUUGGACUCUAAUGGAACUUCUUCUAUAGAUGUUUAGGAACCUAGUUAAUAUUACAUAAUUCCAAUACAUUAAAGGAUUGUACCAAUCUUAAAAACAUUUUCAAUUAUUUAAAGAUCUUCAAAUUAUAUUGUAAGAAAAAAAAAUUUUUUUUUUGAAUUGACAGCAAAUACAGAAAAAAUUUUCAAUUUUUUCCAGACUUUACCAACAAAAUGCUUACAAUUGCUGGGUGGCUGCUGCUGUUUACAUCGGUUUCACAGUUGUUCUUUCACUUCGCGCAUGCUGUUUGGCCAAGCGAUAA